CCAGCGGUGGCCGUAUCUGGACCCCUCGGCCCUGAUGCCUGGACGAGCAGAGCAGGGUGGUUGGCAGUGGUCAGAGCUGUGCCAGCGUCCCUGGAGGGUGAGCCGAGGGUGAGUUUGUGCCGCGCCUCGGAGAUUCACGCUGCGCUAAAAUCGGCUUGAGAAAAUCUGCUUGGCACGCUGCUUUAGGAUCCUACUCUAUGAACCCUGGGUCAAGACUCCUACUCAGAAGGUCAGCCAAGCCAGCAGGACCUUCCGAAAGUCGGGGAAGCCCUUUGAGGAGCAUUUCUGGAAAAGGCUGUGAGACAAUGGCAGGCCUGAGAAGAACAAGGCCAUGGAAGCCGGAAAGAAGCCACAGACUGCAACCACCUGUGCUUACCUAUAGCAGCUUGAAGUCCACUGUUCCACCCUUCCCACCCACCGCUGCUUACUUCCCUACGGGAGCCCAAAGGGCACCAUAUGAACCUUUUCAUGUGGGGGAAGCUGUACUCAACACAACGGGUUCUUGGAUUCACUGCAAGGCCCAGACACCCGCUCUGCUCCAGGCAAAUGGCUGCUCUUCGAAUGCUGUGGACGGGGCUGGUCCUGCUGGGUCUCUUGGGAUUGCUACAGACUUCAGCCCAGGGCCACGAAUCAGUGCAUCCCAACUUUCAACAGGACAAGGCAUCAACUGGUCACAGUUCCUGGGGCGCUGGUACAGCGCAGGCCUCGCCUCCAAUUCAAGCUGGUUCCGGGAGAAGAAAGCAGUAAUAUCCAUGUGCAAGACAGUGAUAGCCCCUUCCACAGAUGGUGGCCUCAACCUCACCUCUACCUUCCUCAGGAAAAACCAGUGUGAAACCAAGAUCAUGUUACUACAGCCUGUAGGACUUCCUGGACACUACAAGUACAACAGUCCUCACUGGGGCAGCGUCCACACCGUCUUAGUGAUGGAAACCAACUAUAAUGAGUACGCACUACUGUUCAGCAGAGGCACCAAGGGCCCAGGCCAGGACUUCCGCAUGGCUACCCUCUACAGCAGAAGCACGACUCCAAAGGAUAAGCUGAAGAAGAAAUUCAUCAAUUUUAGCAAGUCCAUGGGCCUCACAGAGGAGGACAUUGUUUUCCUGCCCCAACCGGAUAAGUGCAUUCAAGAGUGAAAACAGACGAGAGGAGUCAGAGGGCUGGCUUCACAUGCUGAUCUGGCCCUCAGGACUCCUUUGCUCUGUCAUGCUUGAGACCCCAGCCCUGGCUACCCAAAGUGCCUCUCCAUCCUCCAGAUUUGUCCUGCAUGAGAAAUAAAAGUCUAAAGCAAGUCA